AUGGCGGCCUUUGGAAAUGCCUCCCUAAAUCACCUCGAAAUAACUCAAAGUAACAAGACGUCCUCUCCAAAACAGUGCUUUUCUGGAGUGAGUCAAGUGUCCAUUGCAGUACAUGUUUUCACUAUUUUAGCAUCCUUGAUAGGAAACUCCCUUCUGAUCGUCUCUUGCACGAGGAAAAAAGAAUCGUGGCUGCUCUAUAUUAUGAACAUGGCUACAUCCGACCUACUUGUGGCGAUAUUUUUACUUCCACGCUUCAUUAUAGAUGAAAUUACUGGGUCCGGUGCUUUCCUGGUUCACGGACUCGGAGGCACAUUUUUGUGCAAAAUGUGUAGUUUUCUGAGUGAUAUAUCCCUGUCCGUGUCCACCCUUACCUUGGUGACGAUGGCUGUUGAGCGCUUCCUAGCAGUGGUUAAUCCUCUUCUGCACAUUAGAACAACGAGCUCCCGCAAAAGACGUCGUCUUGUGAUAGCUUUAACUUGGAUCCUGGCUGCAGCACUUCACUUGCCGUAUUUUUACACAUUUAGACUGACGAGAGUAGCUAUUGGUCAGGGUGACUACAUCCAAAUCUGCUUCCCAAGCUGGGAACCAGCUUUCGAUGACAACACGGGACAAGUUUACAACAUCUUUCUAUUUACGACCGUUUUGAUUCUACCACUACUCGUGAUAUCUAUUUUGUACAUUGCUGUCGCUUUGCGCGUUCGCAAUAACAACAAGGGGAAAUUUCAAUUUAGAAAAGUUUCGAGACGAAGACAAGAAUUCACCCGGAAUUUACUCAAGAUGGCCGUCGCUACCGUUGCAGCCUUUUCAGUAUGUUGGACGAUGUUUAUUGUGAUUGCCUUCAUUAACAUUUUCUCAACAUCGCUGAUUCUGACCUGUAACAAGAGCUAUAUGGUAGUGUCUUACAUUGCGAACCUAUUGGCAAGUUGCUAUUGUGCAGUUAACCCAUGGGUCUGCUUUAUAUUUAUUCCAGGAUUUUCUCGUGAAUUGAGAGUUAUAAUACAAAACCAAAAUUACAGAGGGUUCAACGCAAAAGACCGAAACAGCUCGCGGAAGUCACAAACAACCCACGUUGUCCUUCCUUUAGAAAGUCUUGUUAAGCAAGAAGUUCAAGAAAGGUAUCAUUUGUAA